GUGUCUCCGGGGAUGGUGGUCGUGCCGGGAGGAGUAGCUAUGGAAAUUCCGGCGACCGAUGGAGGAGCGACGUCGUUGUCCCCUCCGACGAUCCCGCCGUGGCUUCGCCUGAAGCUCUCAGAGCCGAAGACUUCGCCGCUUACUGUUGAAGAUAUUGAAGCCAGACUUCGGGGAGCCGAUCUUCGUCGACAGAAAUUUUAUGAGCAUCUCUCAAGUAAAGCUCGACCAAAGCCAAGAAGCCCAACACAGUCCAUGACUUGUGAAGAAGACCUUGCCCAGAGACUCGAGGCUAAACUUCAAGCUGCACAUAUGAAAAGAAUGAGCAUUAUUGCUAAAGAGAGGACGCGUCUAGCUAAGCUUGAUGAGUUACGUCAAGCAGCUAAAAGGGGAGCAGAGAUGCGCUUCAGAAAAGAGCAGGCUGAGUUAGGCAACAAAGUGGAAUUGCGUGUUCAGCAGGCAGAGGCUAAUAGAAUGCGUAUUCUUAAGGCUUGUCAUCAGAGGAGGGCUACCUUGAGGGAGAGGACAUCUCAAUCACAAUCAAGAAGAAUGGCCCGAGAAAGCAAGUACAAGGAACGUGUAUGCUCAGCCAUUCGCCAGAAGCGUACUGCAGCAGAGAAGAAGCGAAUGGGGUUGCUGGAAGCAGAGAAGAGGAAGGCUUGUGAUAGGGUCAUCCAGGCUCAAAGGGUAGCAAAGUCCAUCUCUCACCAACGAGAAAUCAAGACAAAGGAAAUAAAAAACAAGUUAGAAGACAAGCUACAAAGGGCGAAGAGACAGCGGGCUGCAUAUUUGAUGCAGAGAGCAAGACAGCACACUCAUAUUUAUAGUAAUUAUUAUUACAGUAAAUCGCACGAGCAAGCUGACCAACUCUCCAGAAAAUUAGCUAGGUGCUGGAGACAAUUCCGUGAGCAGAGUAAAACCACAGCAUACCUUUCUGAUGCUUACAAUGCAUUGAAUAUGAAUCAAACUUCAGUUACAUUGAUGCCAUUUGAGAAACUGGCACUUCUCAUUGAAUCUAGUCAUACCCUUCACACAACUAAGGCCUUGCUCGACCGGCUUGAAUUGCGAAACAAGCUGUCACGUGAGUUUUCCAGUAACUCUAAUGCCUCUAGUUUGGAUAAUGAUAUUGAUCACCUCCUCAAGCGUGUUGCUUCCCCUAAAAGAGAGUCCCGACCAAGGAAGAAAGCAGUGGAUGCAAAGAAAAUUGAUUCUUGCAAAAAGCCUAUAAGAACUACUGUUGUUAAGAUGUCGCGUUACCAGGUCAGAGUCGUGCUCUGUGCCUACAUGAUACUAGGUCAUCCUGAUGCAGUUCUAAGUGGUCAAGGUGUGCGUGAGGUUGCUCUAACCAGAUCCGCUGAGAAAUUUGUCCAGGAGUUUGAAUUGUUGAUCAGAGUAAUACUGAAUGGGCCAAUACAGACUUCUGAUGAGUCGGCAGUAGGACUUAGAACAUUCAGGUCACAGCUUGCAGCUUUUGAUUCCGCAUGGUGCUCCUAUUUGAAUAGCUUUGUGGUGUGGAAGGCUAAAGAUGCUCUAUCUCUGGAGAAAGAUUUGGUGAGAGCUGCUUGUCAGCUUGAGAUCUCUGCGAUUCAGUAUUGCAAGAUGAGCCCCAAAGGCGAUGGUGGUCCGCCUCUUACACCUGAUAUGAAGGCCAUCCAGAAACAGGUUACUGAAGAUCAGAGACUAUUGAGGGAGAAAGUGCAUAAUCUGAGUGGAGAUGCUGGUAUUGAGCGUAUGGAAAAUGCGCUCUCAGAAACACGCCGAAAGUAUUUCCAGGAUAGAGAAAGUGAGUUCCCUGCCUCGAGUCCUUCACCUUCUUAUGUUGGUACAACAGUGGAAAAAAAGAACUUUGCAGAGGGGAAUGAUGAUAGUCUGAGGCCUAGCCAUGUGGUACGGUCCUUGUUUAGGGAUGAACCUGAACCAAAAAUAUCUAGUGUUUCUUCCCUCAGCACUAAAGGUCUACGAUACUCUGGUGGUGAGGGACCGGACUUCGAGAAUGAGUUGAUUGUGAAUGAAUGUGUACAUGGCCAGCAUCUUGAAUUUGCUUCUACUCCUAGAAGUGAGCUUGAAACUUCUAUAAAGGCAAAGGUGAAAGAGACAAUGGAGAAGGCAUUCUGGGACAACAUCAUGGAGUCCUUAAAAGAGAAAGCUAACUUUAGCUGUAUUGUUGACCUAAUGAGGGAGGCAAGGGAUGAACUUUGCACCAUGGCUCCUCAGAGUUGGAGAAAAGAUAUUACAGAAGCUAUUGAUACUGAUAUUCUUUUUCAGGUAUUAAACUCUGGAAAGCUUGACAUAGCUUAUCUUGGAAGAGUAAUGGAGUACAUGCUGGGUAUCAUACAGAAAUUGGCUGCCCCUGUCAAGGAAGAUGAGCUAAAGAUAAGUCAGCAGAAGUUGAUGACAGAGCUGGCUGAUAUUUGUCAUUCUGAUGUUUAUGUGUCAGAAAAUCCAGUUAUCUUUGCAUUGAUUAGGGGUUUGCGCUUUGUGUUGGAAAAGAUCCAGGAACUAAAGGAAGAUGUAAGCAAAGCCCGCAUUAGAAUGUUGGAACCGGCUUUGAAGGGGGAAGCUGGGUUUGAUUUUCUAAGGAAAGCUUUUGCCAGGCAUUAUGGGCCUCCCUCUGAUGCAAUUACUUCCUUACCCUUGACAAUGCAAUGGCUUUUACCUGUAAAAGACUGCAUUGAUCAGGAAUGGAAUGAACACAAAAAUAUGCUAGCUGAAUUAAGAGGGCAAGAUAGUGAACACCAGACGUUCAUUCCACCUACCUCACUUCGAACUGGAGGAAGCUUUACCAUCGAAACCCUGGGAAACCAAAAACCAGCAUCUUCAUCUGCUCUGAUGGAUUUAAAAGAAUGCAAUGGAAACAAGAUUGAUUUACUUGUGAGACUUGGCUUAUUGAAAUUGGUGAAUGGGGUAACUGGUCUGACUCAAGAAGGGCUGCCUGAAACUCUGAAGCUCAAUCUCCUGAGGCUAAGGAGCAUCCAAGCAAACAAUCAAAAGAUCAUUGUAAUUGCUACGAGCAUUCUAGUGCUACGGCAGACACUUGUGAGCCUACAAAUGGUUGGAAAUCCAACAGACAUGGAGAUGGUAACCUUAAGUAGUGUGAAGCGACUGUCUGAACUUCUGGACUCCGUUAAAGACGCAGCUGGUCUUCAUGAUAUCAUCGAGUCACUGUCCAAAGUAUUGGAAGACGCCAACUGUGUUGACAUGGCGAAGCUUCAAAGUAUGAAAAACAUUACAGGUAGGAUGCUGUCUAAAAGUCUACAAGCAGAGGACCCGGUAUUUGUUCGGGUGGCCCGCGCCGUGUACAUGGCUGCAAGAGGGGUUUUGCUGGGAGGUAGCGGGGAAGAAGGGAAGAGAUUGGCAGAAAAUGCGUUGCGACAGGUGGGUGCAGGGGCUCUGGCUAAGGAGAUGGUGGAAGCGGCUACUGUGUUGCUGGUGGCAGCAAAUGUGACUGUCAAUGUCCAUGGUCCUUGGUAUGCAUGUUUAGUAGGAGAGUUGUGAAUAGAUACAAUUGUGGGUGUAUCGUUUAUAUGUACAUAUGUAGUGUUGUGGAUAACAGAUAAAUUGUGUAUAGAUAUAAAAUAAAACAAGAAAACAAGCAACCAUGUACAGAGAAGGGUUCUGUUGGAAUUUCAUUUGCAUUGUAUUUGUCAAGAUAUAAAUGAACUUCAAUAGCUGUGUAGGGCGAAUAUUUGUUUUGGAAGAUUGAUCUUUCAUCCUUUCUUCUUUAUUUUUUAUCUUAUUUAUCAUUCGUAAUUAUUAUAUUAUAUUUAUGAAAAAU